CGAACACAACUAUUAGACACAGACGGGAGCGCGUUAAACAACCGAAAAAUAUUUUGACCGAACCGUGUGUAACUGGAGUGGUCUCAGUUUUUGAUCUGUCAACUAGUGCAUUCCUAAACGUUUGUUUUAACUGGAAUCCAGCCAAGUCCGGUCCAUACGGUUUAUGCCGAUGAGGUUUCAAUUGUUGUAUUGUGCCCAUUUGGUAACCUGAUUGCCGUACCAUCACAAUAAAUGUUUGGAUUGGAACAGGUAUAAUAACUAUAAGUAAAAUGAUUCAUUUGUAUGUAUUUGUUGAAUCUGGUUAAGUGGACUUGAUAAAUUUUGCCAAAAGCUAUUUGUUUAAUUUGCCUAUUUUUCCCCUUUGUUAUAUAUUUUCAAAUUAUACUUGCGUUACACCAUUUUGCGUUUUGUUGAUUUUUGAAGUAAAAAUGAGUAUAAGAGAUAUAGCACACUAGGUAGGCAUGAGUCACAAUAACAUUAGCCUAGUGGAUAAAAUAAAUGUUAAUGUUUUGACAAAUAAUAAAAAUACCGAAAUAGAUUGUUUUGUAAUCUAUAGAGAUAAAAUAGAUUUUCUGUAUUACAAACAAACUACUUCUAAAUGACAUUAUUAAUUGUAUAGUCAAAACAAUAGUUUAAUUAUUUUUAAAAUUGCAUUUAUUCUGUCCUACUGGGAUUAUCAGAUUAUCAGAUAUUUACAAUUCAUAAUGCAUAUAGAUUAGAUUAGAUUUAACACGAAGAUAAUUUUUGAAACGUGAUCAUUUGAAAAUUUGUUCUUCAGUCAGUCUCUUGAAUUUCAUGUGGCAUAUUGGCUAUAAGAACACGGGUUCUUUUAUUUUUUCCGUAAAUAUUCCAAAAAAUACAUUAUUUUUAAUUUUUUAGAUGCAAUUUCCGUUAUCUUUUAGUGCAAUACUGCAAUCAAUUUUAUUACUUUUUGACUAGCUACUACAACAUCUGUAUCCUAGUAAUAAUUAUAAUAUUAUUGAAAUGUUGGACAACAUGUUUGUUCAACUCGUACAAAGAUCUUAUAUUUUGUAUAAAAAAUAACUGAUUUAAUUCUAACUUGAUGGUUUAUUAUAAGGAACCAUAUAAUAUGAACAUCACACAAGUGUAAUAUUUCAAGAGACAAAUGCAUUAGUUACAAGAGUACAAAAAUAUAAUUGUAUACAAGUACUUUUUUAAAAUUAUAAAUUGUUAUUAACAAUCAACUUUAAAUGAACUUUUUGUAAAUAAUAUUUAGAUGAUUUCAGUAAUAAAAUAAUCAAUCCUAUUAGGUUUUUUUGAUUAAAACUUCAAAAUAAUAUCAAUUUAAUUGUAGAUUUUUUUAUUGAAAUUUUUAACAAAACAAUAACAAAAUUAUUAAAAUGGUUAAUACUUGUAAAUAAAUGUAUAAAAAAAAAAUGAAUUAAUAAAUGUGUUAAAGAGUAUUAAGAUAAGUGAAUACAACAGUUUUCGAAUUAAAAAUUCAUCAUCGGGUAUAUUAAUAGAUUUUUGACUAAUAUCAAUUAUCUCCAAAGAUGGAUGAUUUUGAAUUGCUAACAUAAACAUAAUGGCUAAAUUUAUGUCACGAUUUUGUCCAGCACACGUGCCACAAUAUUUUAUCAAAUGAGUAAUUGAAUUAUGUAUUUUUUCUAAAACAUAUUAAUAUGAAAUUGAAGCAAUUUGGUUUGAUCCACGUCCAGCCAACCCUUCAUGUUACAUAUAACAUAUAACAUAUGUGUCUUUGAGUCCGAUAUCUCGUAUGGUUUCAAUAUAUGUCCAAAGGUGGCGUUUAUAGAAAAUUACAUUUGUUUUCAAAUUUAGGGUGAGCAGACAUUGCUGGAAAUCAAAAACGAUUACUUUAAGAAUAGGAAUUGUACUCAAUAUUUUUUUUAUCUUCUUGUUUUGCUCUAUAUGCUACAUCUACCAUAUUUUUGUGAUUUUGAUUCAUGGUACUUAAAAGCUGGAACUCUUCACCAUUAGAAUGUUUUGAUUUAAUCUUGUAUUCAUCACAUGUUUUACAUAUAUCAACAAACGGUAAUUUAAACUUAAGUCCUGUCUCUGCAAGCACAUUCUUAUAUAGCCAAUUUGAUGGACAACUUUUUAGAACAUUGUUCUUUGUACAGAUCAAACAUUUACAAUAUUCAAAUUGUUCUGGGUCUUGUAUCACAUGUGCUGAUAAUGACAUGAAGUUUGGUAUAGGGCGCAAGUCGUAGGAUUUUUCUAAAAAAAAAUUAAAAAUAUAAUAGGUACCUAAACAUUAUAAAUAUUAUAUAUUUUUACUAUAAUAUCUUAUUAUAUUUAUAAAGUUCUAAUUAAUUAAAAUAUUGAGACAUAAUAUGAUUAACAUACCUAUAUUACAUUCAUUAUUGGUGUUUUGGUAAGGAUAUUGCAACGGUAAAUCUCUAUUGCUGAAUGCAUCAGUAUUUACAUUCCUGAAAUUUGUAUGAAAAUACAAAAGGAGAGAAACUAAAUACAAUAAAAAAAAUAUUAAAAUAUACCUAUCUUCAUUUGUAGGAAUACUUGGUAAACCUUCAGCUAACGCUAAAGUCGACAACUUUUUACUUCUCGGCAUUUUAUUUAAAAUAAUUGACUAUAAACAGUGAACACGUCUUAUAACAAACUUACAAACAACAAUUUUAAACAACUUCAACAAUUAACAAUUAAAUUACUUAAAAUAAUAAUAUAUUAUGUUUAUAAAAACUGAUAAUAAUUAAAUAUAAUGUUAUCAAUAUACCCACGUAGGGAUAUUUAUUUUUAAAACACUGCCAUGGAUUAAAUAAUAUUUAUAUGUACAUGUACCUUAGAUCGUAUGGCCUAUGAUAUUUACUCUGUGGCACUGCCAGCGUAAAUGUGUAACGUUUUAAAAUAAAAGCGUGAUAAACGUUAUUGUGAAAAUUAUGUUAAACAACGAUAAGCGCUAUUAAUAAAACCGGACGAUGAAAAACACGGUUUAUAUCGCUAAUAAAACAAACGGUUCUCGUCGGUAUUACCUGCAAUGGCUACUCGGAAUAAACGAUACGGUUACCCCAUCUCGUAGAUUAAUAAUCGAUUUUUAGUAGUUGUUACUGCUAACUACAGCAACCAUUGAUAGGCUUGCGCUCGGGUGGCGGGGCGGGCAGCUGCCGUUCCAGCGAGCCAAAUUUUUCUGCCGAAAACUGAAAUUUCAAUUGUUAUUCUGGCCUUUUAUUAAUAAAUAAAUAAUUGGGAAAACCCGAAGUAAAGGUAAAAUUGCAGAUAUUCACGGCGCGGCGUUGCGGUUUUCAUUGUUUUUAUCAAUGUGUAAACACGAUGUUUCUCCGACAGAAAUAUUGCUUCGAUCCAAAAACGACAACGCGAUCAAUUUUGUUCCUCGUGACAUUGCAACACUAACGGUACAAGCCGUUUUCGACGUCUAAUGUAUUUUUCGUAAUAAUCGGAAAAAACCAAAAACGAAGGAAUGUACGAUUUUUUCCCCGUUUACAGCUCAACGAUUUCAUUAUUUUAAAUUUGUAUGGCUAAUUAUUUUAUGCCAUAAAUAUUGAUUCAAUACGAAAAAACAUCAGGAUAUCUUUUUUGUUGUAUUCGUAAUCUAGUUGAUGAACAAGAAAGUCGUUUUUUUUUUUUUUUUUUGAUUUUCUUUGCAGUUUUUUUAAUAAUCGAACAAAACCGACAAAAAAUGCAGAAAGUUCGGAAAAAUGUACGAAAAUAAUUAUUUUAUUAUUUUAAAUAUUGUUUUUUAAUGGAAUUUUGUUUAAUAUAUUCAUAAUUUCGACAGAAAACUUAUAUUUGAUUUUUAUAGACGUGGACAAAUUUUCAAAACAUUUGAUCCAAUUUUGAGCUAAUCAUAGACCUUUUAAUUUUGCGAGUUUUGUACAUAAUUUUUAUUUGCUAGGUACUCUGUGGAUAAAAUUGUUAGACUAAACAGAAAUGCUUGAAAAUUUAACAAGAGGUUUCCUAAAUGCCGUACUACUUGGUGGUAAAAAAAAUGUUUUAACUUUAUAUAGUAUUUUUUUAAUAAUGGGAUUUUAAUAUCAAAUUUUGACGAAAAUCGUAAAUAUUACGGCCUUUCUAAACACGUGUAACCGAACUUCGCCCCGAAUCGUUUUUCGUUAUCAAUGGUACAUCGUUGGUUACAAACAUAAAUUAAAUAACUUUAUGUAAUCUCACCUUCUCCACUACCCACCUAUAACGGUGGCCGCACCCGUCUCCCAGUAUCCGUUCUUUUUUUUUUUUUUUUUCGCCCUUUUUUUACUUAUUAAUGCCUCUUUUGACGGUAAUGAUGAUUUAAUAAACAGUAAUAUUAAUUUAGAUAAUUAUUUAUGUGUGAAAUACGCCCCCGAUAACUUCAGUGGACGUAGAAAGAUCAUUUUCUGCGUACAUAAAUAUUUUGAGUACAUGCCGUUAACGUUUUACUGAAGACAAUUUGUCCAAGUACAAACUGGUUAAAUCAACUGAAAUAUAUUAGAUUUUAUUAGUAAAUUUUUGUAAUUGCUUUUUAUGUUUAACUUUACUGUGUCUUCAAAUUCGUACCUCGCUUAAUAGACAAUAACCAAAAUAAUAUUUAACUAUACAUUACAUAAUAGGUAUAUUUCGCCUCACUAUCAGCAAGGUCUGCGCAGACGCCUAUGUAAUCAUUAAUUGGGCAUACGUAAUCAAUGCUGCUACCGUGACUGGCGACUACUAUCAAUUUGAGAAAAUGUUGAAGUAUAAUAUAUUAUAUUAUUAUGUCCACAGUGAAUCAUUAAAACCUAGGUAGUUAUUUUAAAAUAGCCGUUUCUAGUAAGGUAACUGUGUCGUUCAUUCCAUAUAGCGAGGUGUAUUUAUACACCUAAAUACACCUUGCUACAUAGGUAGGUAAGUACUGAUAAGAACCUUUUACGAGUUCAUGAUGCGAACCGUUUAUUUUAUUACCGAUAUAAACGGUUUUUUUUUUUUUUUCACAAUCUGGUUUAAUGAAAAUAUACAAAUAUGAUAAUCGUCCGAAAUAAGUACUUAUCAGGUUUUGACCCAAAAACAAAAAAAUACAUCAAUUUUGAUUAGUGAAAUAAUCUCACAAAAUAAUUUGUCCUUUCACGAAAGACGUCAUAUAGUUUUUGCUAUAACUUCUUUGACAUUGGGGCUACAAAUAUCUUGUUUUGACACAAUGAAAUAUAGAACUUAAACAUCACUCAUCAUGCAUAAUCUCAAAAUCGCAUUUUUGCACUUAAUAUCAUGGUUCGGCUUUCAACCACAGAAUUAUAUUAACGGCCAUUAUCUAGUUUGUGUAUAAUAAAUCUAGAUCGCGCUAGUAACUUUGCCGCGGCUUGAGGUCCUGGUCUCACUUGUUAAUCGUUCGUUUCGUAUCCAGCACGGAUUAAGAUGACUAAGAUAUACUUAUUACUUAUAUCUCGUCUGUGGUAUCCAGUAUAUUUUAAUCCGUGCACAUACGAGGCGGAUUAAUCCGCCUCGUACUCAUAGAUUAUUAUAAUCAAAGAAAAAUUGAUAAAUAACAACAAAAAAUGUAUGGUACAAAAUAGUUUUUUUUUUUUUUUGUUUUUAUUUAAGUGUUGUACAAUCCGUGAAAUAAUAUUUACAAUAAGCACAAGUGAAAUAAGUUAACAGUUUACAUUCUUACAAUAGGCGUGAGCGAAGGGGCCAACUAAUGUUGGUACAUCAGGGUCGAAAUAAAUUUGAAAUUAUUUUAAACUUAAAAAAGCAAUGCUACUAAGUAUGAUAUAACUUGAAAAGUACAUUAGAUUAAUCAUGAAUAAUUUUGAUUUGUAUUAUUAUUGAAAAUGUAAUUGUAACAGUUGGUCAUAAUAUUUUUAAUGAAUAGGUACCUAAUGUUUAAAUAAAUUGAAACGUAUAUUUUUUUUGUUUUGUCUUUUGUCUGCCUUCUUAGUUGAAAUAUUCAGUUAUUAUGACUGGCAACCGUGAAAUGAAACCAGUUUGACCAUUCAAGGUCACAUUCUGAAGACCAAUCUACUUUCCUGUGAAUGUUUUUGACUACCUAUAAUAUUGUAUAAAAAAAUUAUUAAGUAUUGUUAUGUAUGUACAUAUUGGUAAUACACUAAUACCUAUUGGAAAAACUCAAAAUCAACACAAUUUUUGUAGAUAGGUAUCUGACCUAAUCUGUUAUAAUCUAUCUAUAAACAAUUUUCAAUACAAUUUUUGAUAUUCCCAUUUGUAUGCCAAUUAUCCCAUGGAUUAUCUAUCUACCUAAAUGGCCGGAAAAUCUUAUCUUCAAUUAUUUAUCUAUAAUCAUCAAAAGUUCUAUGAAAUUUAUUUACAUUUACCCAGAACCACUAGGUCCUUCGUGGACCGUGAUAAACAGUAAAAUAGAAUUUAGUGUACACAAAUGAAAAACGGCUGUAUUAUUUCUUGAUAUUUUGAUAUUUUCCCCUAGAUAAUAUGGGGCCCUUUUAGUUAUCCGCAUCAUAAUAAAUAAUUUCCUAAUGAAAUAUUUCCUGAAUAUGCCCAAAAAUCUUGUUCCACAUUAUAUUGCGCUAGUGCUAAUUGGAUUGCGUAUUGAUGGGAUUUGAUUAAAAGCCAAAUAGUAAUCGUGUAGUGCGUUUUAAUCUAUUCAGUUAAUUAAGCUCUAUAGAGUGAUUACAAUUGAUCAAUACAUUUUGCUGGUCGUAAUCACGAGAGUGUAGUGGGAGAUAUUACACACAGGCUAUUAAACAGUUAUUAUUUGUUACCUUGAACAACGUCUUGAUCACAAUAAUUACUAUAAAAUUAUUUAUCUAUUGAUAAGUUGGUGCUGUAUCAGACAAUUAUUGAGAUAAACGAGGCAUUAAGGAAUUUUAUUUUUAUUGUUCAGAAUUUCUUAUUCGGUCAAUUAUAUUUUUUUGUUCCAUCUAUUUUAUUUAAUAUUUUUAAGUUUUAGUUGUUUACGUACACAUAAUGGUUCAAUCUUGGUUCAUGUCUGAAAAUUGGAGCGGUGACCAACGGGAGCCACACCACAAGCAGCCGCCUGAAUAUGUCGAUUUGGAUACUUUAUACAAACUCACUCUGGUGGAACAUUUCAAAGUAUUUACACCAUGUUUCAUUGUUUUUUUAACUUUUAAAAAAUUAUCGCUACCUAAUAUAUAAUAGUCACAAUAUCUGCUCUCUCAGUAAUUUUCUGUCUCUUAUAUAUAAAAAAAAUUGUAUUAUUUAUGAGUAAGUAGUUUUUAAGCCCAUAAGAAACAGGCUCUUAAAAUAUUACAUUUUUAAAGAAUACAAAUAAUCUAAAAAUUACAUAACCCAACCUAACCUGUCUCUUGUCUUUUGACUCUAUUCUUACAAGUUUUUAUCAGCGGUCUUGAGCUACCAUAGUAAAUUAUUUUUAACAAUCAUUGUAUUGUAAAAUUAAAUUCAAACCAUUUUUCAAAUAUUAUGUAUUUUUAAUGUAAAAUUUACAUUAACAACAUAAUAAGUUUUAAAUCUCAAAUAUAUUCUUUACAGGUUAAUGAAUCAGAUCCUGUGAAUGACAAGUUAUUAAAUUCAAUCAAAAAAGACCGAGGUUAUUCUUAUGAGGAUGAGAUUACAUGUUCCAAAGAAUGUCUACCAAAUUAUGAAAGUAAAGUAAGCACAUGAUUCCAAAUAUAUUUAAUAGUUUAUUAAAUUAUUUGAACGCUACUUCUAUUGUGUGGAUAUUGUCCAUCAGUUUAAGAAUCAACUGCGUCAGUUUAGAUAUUCUGGUUGACUUUUCAUUUUUGACAUAAUAAUCAAUGAGUGUUUCUUUUAAAUAAUUAAAAUAAAAAUAAUUUAUUGUCGAAAUAAUGUUCAAUAGUAUUAAUAUUUUUUGUUUAUAGUUAAAGAUGUUCUUUGAGGAACACUUGCAUACAGAUGAAGAAAUCAGAUUGGUUCUGGAAGGCUCAGGCUAUUUUGACGUGAGAGAUGUAAAUGACAAAUGGAUUCGUAUUAAAGUUGAACCUGGUGAUUUGUUAAUAAUUCCAAAGGGAAUUUAUCAUCGUUUUACAUUAGACACUAAUGUAUGUGCACUAUAAGAACAUUUUUAAAAUUUCAAAAAUUGAAUACAAGAUAAUAUAUUUUUAUUUUUUUAGAAUUUUAUUAAAGCCAAGAGAUUGUUUGUGGGAGAACCUGUUUGGACACCGCAUAAUAGACCAGCAGAUCAUAUGGACUGUAGAAAAGAAUAUUUGGGCCAAAUAACAUGUUAAAUCAAAAAAAAAAAAAUUCAAAUUUAAGUAUAUCCAUGUAUUAAUAGAAUGUACCUUUAUUAAAAAAAAAAAAAAUAUUUACACAUAACUUAUUUAUGUGUUUGUAUGAAUUACAUUUUCUAACAAUAAAAGUAAACUUAGUUAAGUAAACUUUCAAUAAAUGUAUUAUUAUCAUGCUAGUUCGGUCCUAUACUUCAUCCAGUAUUGGGGCUCUGCCAAAUCUUCCAACCUAACAUCAAUCCAGGCCUUGGAACCAAUUUUUCUUUCAUUAAAUUAACUCAGUUCUUGGCUCAUUGAAAAUAAUAAUCUCAACAAUAGGUAAUAUAAAAAUUUCAACGUUUACUUAACUACACAUUACCUUUCAUUUCACUCUAAAUUAAUUCUUCAUAAAAAUCCUCUUACUAAUCAUCUAUCCUCCCGCUCACUUCUUGACAACCCCCAAGACAUCUCAAAUAAACCUGGCCUAAAGAUUUAUUUUAGAUAGUUUAUUAGAUGAUACAACUGAGUGUCUACCAAAUUCUUUUAUUACCGCCAAAAUUGUAUUGUUUUUUCUAUUGUUUAUUGUACACACUACAUGAUUAAUUUACUUUAGAUUGUAUUAUAAAUGGCUUUGUUAUAUAAAAACUAAAAACUAAUUUAUUGGUAUCUACCUAUAACAUAAUAUAUGAAAAAGGUAAAAGAAAAAUACAGAAAUAAUUAUUUUUAAUGGUUUUUUAUUAAAACCUGUAUGAUAGGUAUGAAUCGCUAAAUAAUUAAUAUAGACAUAUAGAAAUAAUAUAUGUUCAGUUUUGAAAUUAUUAGCAUUGUAUUUUUAAAUUGAAUUGUCUGAAGGGAACAUUUUUUUAUGAUCGGUACCAAAAAAUUAGCACGAAAAAUUAGUUAUAGAGUUUGAGAAAUGUAUUGGUUGUAUGUAGUGUAGAUACUGUGUUUUUUUUUUCUUAAUAAUUAUAAAAAAUAAAAUUAUUAUAUUAUUUUUUUCCUGUUUGUAAAUAAUUUGUAUAAGUAGCAAUAACCAUCAGCAAGUGUAUCUAGCAUAUUUUGUCAGCUUGUUGCAUUGAGGAGAUCAUUUUUUGUGUUUUUAUUUUAUUUUUGUUUAUAAUAAAUUGGAAAGUGGAUACAAUAAAGGUAUUACUUAGGUA